CAGCCCGCACCGGCCGACGGCUGACACGCGACGAAUUUCAUUAACCUCCCCUGUCAUGUCUGGGGAGAGGGUGUCUGUCGCGUUCGUGAGAGAUGCGUUUUUGGAACCUCCUGGAGGCUCUAGGACUGAAAUGAUUUCUUUUGUACAGGAGGAAGAAUCUUCUCUUUUUAAAAGGAGGAAGGGGUCGGAGAAGUUCCCUUGCUUCCUUGCAUGACUGAGAACAACGUUAAAGGAAUGAAAUAAUAGAAUUACUUCCUUUUGCAUGAAUUCCGCCAGGUGAAGCCUUUGAGUUUGACCCCAGAAGCAAACUGGGUCCUUCCUAACGAAAUAUCAAGAGCCUGAUCGCCAGACGAUCAAUCACCAGGCGAUGAAUUGGCCAUUAUCGCCUGUGAAGACACAGCAUGGGUGUGAUUGGUAUCAACGCAGGAACUCCAUGCCUGGAUCCGAACCACAGAUCCUCACCGCUGAGGGUACCUCUAAGCUUAGGACAUCAAUAGGAUGUGCUCAUCAACGUUGUAGAUUCUUCGGCCGGACCAUCCGGCUUCUGUUCCAAUCAGGAGAUAGGAUGUGAAGCUUCCCAGUACGAGGCAAAGGCAAAUUUACUAGAAAUGUACCUUUUUCAAAAAUCAAUACGCCAGGACCCGUGAUGGCCUCCAGCGCUAUGUUCUACAGAUCACCCUCGUCCACGAUGUCACCGCCAUCGAAGAACAAGUUUAAGCGGCAAAGCCGGAUCUUCUCCCAAGUCCUGUACCGGACCUUGAGCUAUAAGGACCGCAGUUCGGUGGCCGGCUACCCGGGAGAAGGCAAGGAUGACCCUUCGGAGCUGUCCACGCAGCGGUCGGCCCCGGGGGUGCUGAAGGUCUUCGGAUGCCACAUCUGCGUGGGAGCCCAUUAUAAGAGCGUCCUGGCCACGGCCAGUUCCAGCGCCCAAGAGCUGGUGAAGGAAGCGCUGGAGCGCUAUGGACUCAGCAAAGUGGAGGCUGACCGUUACGUCCUCUGCGAUGUCAUCGGGACGUUUUCCGGGGCGGAGAAGCAGUGGCAGAUGGAAGGGCUGAGGGUGCUGCGGGACAACGAGAAGCCCCUCCUGAUCCAGGAUUUGUGGAAGCCGAGGGAAGGGUUUUCCCGGAGGUUUGAACUCCGGAGGCGAUCCGAAGUGGAAGAGCUGGCCGCCAGGGACAAAGACACCGUGACCGCAGGUAUCAAUGCCCAGGCUCGAAAGCUCCAGCGAAACCGCACGAAAGGGAACAUGACACUGUUGACGGGAUGCAGAAGCCACUCCACACCCCCUACCCUCCGUCGUACCGUCAGUGAGACCAGCCUCAGCCAGACGGGAACCCCGGAAGAUGCCAAGCAAGAGCACCUCAAACGGCAUUACUCCACUUUGCCCGAGACCCUUUGGUGCCUGGAGAGCCCGCCAGACGGGCGCCCCGCCCCCACGGAGGAGUCCAACAGCAACAGCCUACGUUACUCCCUCUACCAGUCUCCCCACCUUUUGCUCCUGCAAGGGUACAGCCAGCAACACGACAGCUUGGUGUACAUGCUGAACCGCGACCAGCACACCGUCGGCCAAAGGACGCAAGCCAGCAAACCCAGCAUUAGUUUGUCGGCCCCGGACAUCCUCCCCCUCCACUGCACGAUCCGGCGGGUCAAGGUGUCCAGCCGUUCCCGCCACCGUUCGGAGGAGAAGCUCGUCCUAGAGCCCAUCCCGGGGGCCAGCGUCUCCAUCAACUUCUCCGAGGUGGGGCGGACGGCCGUGCUGCACCACGGAGACCUCAUCUCCCUCGGCCUUUACUACCUGAUGCUUUAUAAGGACCCUCUGAAAACCCAGCCCCUGCCGGCUCAGACCUUGAUGAGGCUCAAAGCCGUGCGCCGGGCAUCGGAGCCGGAGCUGUCCUCGGGUUGCAAGAUGUGUGGGGGUCACUUCAAAGACAAAGGGGGGCCCGCCCCCUUCUCCAAAAAGCAAGGCGCUGCGCCGCCUCCCUCUGGCCGUAGGGGGAGCCGGAGGAAACUUCACCUGGAAUUUGAAAAAGCCAAUGAAGAUUUACUCCUGCGAAGGAUCGUGACGCUCAUCGAGCCCACGGGGGACGAUCACAAACUGACUCCAGCCUUUCUCUUCUGUCUCUGCGUCCAGCAUUCUGCCCACCACUUCAAGCCGGGAGAGUUUGGGCAUCUCCUCCUCAAGUCGGCCAAGAUGAUCCAGAGGACUGUGUGGGAGAAAACAAACGAGCUUGCUGAGAAGCAGUCCCAACACCAGGAUCCUGCCUCCCUUUCCCGCUUCACCAUCACGGACCUCUUGCCGGAUCUCCAGCACAUCCUCUUCUGGAUGUCGAACUCCAUCGAAAUCCUCUACUUCGUCCAGCAGAAAUCCCCCGUUUACAUCCAAAAUAUGGAGGAGGAUCUGGACAUCAAAGGUUCGAAGGAAUCUCUUUUUUCCCUGACAAUCACGGCCAGCGAGGAAGCCAUGACGGUUCUCGAGGAAGUUAUCAUGUACACUUUUCAACAGUGUGUCUACUACAUCUCCAAGUCUCUGUAUGUGUCUUUGCCUCCCCUGUUGGAAUGCAACCCGUUCCAGAGCGAAGGGCGGGAGGGCUGGCUCUCGUCCCCCCCGCUGCCGGAGGAGAUCCGCAAAGUGGUGCUGAUCUACCAAGCCAGCCGGGACCUCCUCCGCCAGUACGAGGUCCACCAAGAAAUCGCUUCCCAGAUGUUCGCCUACCUGUUCUUCUUCUCCAACACCUUGCUUUUCAACCAGCUGAUGGAAAAAGGCUCUUCGUUGGGUUGCUUCCACUGGUCGAAAGGCGUGCGGGUCAGGGCGACCUUGCGGCUUCUCCUGGAAUGGGCCCAGAGCGUGGGUUUUGGGCAACUGGCGGACCAGUUCUUCAGCAAGCUCUCCAGCGUGGCGAGCCUGCUGGCCAUGCCGAAUUCCCAGCUGGUGCAGAUGACCUGGGCUAUGCUGAGGGGGGAAUUCCCUGCCCUGAACGCUGCUCAACUCAACCACAUCCUCACCCAGUAUCAGGCCUUGUCCGAUGUGGGUUGCGUCCCCGUCUGGCAGCCGAGCAAGGAAGACAGCCUGGCCGCCUUCAGGACAGAUGACAUCCUGGAGUCUUUCGAUAACCACCCCCCGAUCAUGCUGCCCAGCGGGGGCUUUAAGGUGGACCUGGAGGCGGACAACGUGGACGAUAACAUUUAUCGGCAUCUCCUCUACAUCCGCCACUUCCUGUGGAGCUUGCGCAGCAAAAGCCCCCGCCCCAACGACUCGCCUGAAGCAGAGCCCCCAAAGACAGAAACGAUCAGCUGUCAAACCAGUCCUCAGGCGGACUCGGAAACGAGGACGGGCUCAGCAGCCGCAGGAAGUUCCUACAGCAGCCGGGCAAACCGCAGGCGGCCCAUGAGCUGCGUGGAGCCCAAAGGGGAAGGAGGCUUCCCUCCCAUCAUCCACGCCAACGGAGCCGCCCGGGAGUAUGACGCCGGGGAGGGGCAGCUGCCGGAGACCUUGCAACAGCUCCGUUUGGAGGGCCCGCCGGGGAAGGGCGGCGCGAGGACCGCUUCGACCUCGCCAGACGCCUCCUGCUUGUUGACCCCACCAAAUACGCCUCUCACCUUCGAAUCCACGAGCCUGGAGCUGAGCCUGGAGGCCGUCCCGUGCAAAGGUGGGGUGGAUGCUCGCAGGAACGGGCUCAGUGGUGCCAAGACCACAACUCCUGAAGGCUCUUCGCCCACACCCUACGACUUCCCAACCCCGGCUUCCUCUAGCCGCAGCUCGGCCACCGAUGACUUCUGCUACGUCUUCGUGGUGGAACUUGAAAAGGGGCCCAUCGGUUUGGGGAUGGGACUGAUCGACGGACUGCACACCCCUUUGAAUUCUCCUGGGAUCUACAUUCGGACGCUCAUCCAAGACAGCCCUGCGGCCGCCGACGGUAGGCUCUCCAUUGGGGAUCGCAUCCUUGCCGUCAAUGGCACGAGCCUCAUUGGUUCCGACUACCAGAGUGCUGUAGACCUCAUCCGAUCAGGAGGGAAAAAACUGCGGUUUCUAGUGGCCAAGUCCGAUCUGGAGGUAGCAAAGAAAAUCAGUUUCAGUUCUUCUCCUUCUCCAUAACAUCGCAACCACCACCCGCCAAAAGAAUCUUUCAGUAUUAUCUUAUUGUGGAGACAGCACCAAGGACAUGAAUGCAGGUCAGUGGCAGAGAGCAGACAACUUGCUUGGGGCAUUUCAAACUGUCCCUUGCAGUUCUACCUGGUCAGAGAGGUGGGGGGGGGACUGCGUUUGUGCCCUAAGACAACAGGAUUUUCCAUGAACUGCUCCCGCAUUAAGUUUUUUCCCCGGAGAAGAGCAACAGACCUCUUCUGCCAACCACUAUCCAUGAACGCAGGGGCUUAGAACAAACCAGGCUUAGGACAUCCAUCUCUUAUUUUCCAAGUAUGUAUGCUACCUGUGCUACACAGAACUCUUUACAUCCAGAGAUCGCUCAGGCAAAGAUGGUCUGCCUCCCGGCUGAGAUUCCAAACCAUGGAAAGCCUGUACAUAGGACGCUCUGGUCUUGCUUCUUCCCUCUGAAGAGAGACGAACGUUUUUGGACUUUCGGGGAUGAACAGGUGAUAAACAGGCGUCCCAGUCAUCCCGUUCUGAUUCUGGGCGAGAGUAUCGAGCGAUGCAUUUUCUCCUCGUGUCCUGUUCACUUCGCAAGAGGGCCCUCCCGUCUGGCUGCAUUGCUCGUCAGCUCAGUCGUGUGGAGGAAUGAAAAAUGAAGGAAGGCUGGGGAAAGUCAGACCUCGGCGGAGAGUCCAGAUUGCAUGCCCCUGACCCAACAUGGAUACCUAGGGAAUGGGAUAUUCCAAUAGAAAAACAAGAAAAAAGGGGGAAAAAAGAUUUGUAGGCCAUUAACUUGUAAAUGUUCACUGCAUUUAAAAAAGCAAAAUCUGUGCGUCUGUGUGAACACAGCCUUCCCGUUGCAUCUUCCAACGGUAAUGGAAAUCAUGUCCCAUCCACCCCUACCAGGUUACCAAAAUAGAACUUCAACCUUAUACUCAGGGGUAUGGGAUUCUCUUCUAAAAGCACAUGUGAGACUGGCCACACCUGCCUUAAACAAAAAGUUGAGCUUUAAAAAUAAAUAAAUUAUAAGAGUAUUUAAAAUAGAAAUGACCAGGAGUUCCAGAAAACCCUGGAGGACUCUGGAGCAGUGGUAAGACUAUCAGAUCGGGAGAUCUGAACUCGUGUCCACCAGCUAAACCUGCUCAGGCCGGCCGCUCCGCCUGUCCUCUCUGCCUGGCGCACCUCUGGCGGGUCUUGUUUCCUACACUGCGAGAUAAAAGCCAAGGAGGAAAUUUGACCAGCUAGUUUCUGUCUGCUGUGCAGGUCCUCACGGUGCCUCUGUUUGCAAAAGGCUAAUGGCCAAUCCGUAGUCACGAGAUCCAUCAUCCGUUUGGGUUUUGCCCAAGGAGAAAGCCUUCAUACGAAAGCUUCCGCCGGAGUUGCCACCGAAGGGCCCGUCACCCGCUCGGGGGGAAAGGUGCUGACAUCAAAAUAUGCCUGGCCUCCAACCCAAACACCCUCCCCUUUGGAAACAUCAGAUGGUUUGAAUUGCUGGCCUCUCGAGGAGCCAAGAAUGGCUCAGCUCUUCCAGCCGCCCGGCUGCCAACAGCAACAUGUUUCCAGAGGAACGGCUUAAGAAAAGGCUGUGCUGCCCCUGUGUGGUCGCCGGCUCCUUUUGCAAUCAGACCGGGGAUUGUCUAGACCAGAUCUGCCACCGAGAAGCUCGCCUUCCCGUCCCUAGUAGAGAAAUGCCUCGUGGAAAGUAAGAGUUCCUGUUUCCCACCCCUCCACCGUCCAGCUAGCCACCCAGGAAGGGCCCCAGGGAAAUCUUGACUACCGUGCCAUUGGACCACGCUCAAAGGGUGGGCAAAAGCAUUUGUUCCCAGAUAUCGCUGGAGUGCCCGUUCCGAUAAGGAAAUGUAAUGCUAGGGAGCAGCCCAGCAUUGGGGAGGCCAGGCUGGGCAUCUUUCGGUUGUAAAGGAAGAGAAGGCGACAGCCAAGGGGAUUAAGAAUCCAAACCAAAGGGUCUUGACAGUCAGGGCUUCCCAAACAAGUCACGGGAUCCUUGUCCUG